UCCCAGAAGUCUUUGUUCCCAGGCGAGUCGGGGAUGGUUUCCAUGGUUUCAGAAAACAAUAUGGCCGCCCCCAGCUGGGACGUGAGUCUCUGGAUUAGGCAGGCAGAGGCAGUUAUGGGCUUCUGUAGUGGCGAGAAAGGAAGCGCAUGAAGGGUCGUGAGGCUGGGGCUGGACCCGGCACCGCUGGGGCGGCCAGGCCUUGAGGACGCCAAUGGCGAGCAGCGUGGACGAGGAGGCGCUGCACCAGCUGUACCUGUGGGUAGACAAAAUCCCUCUGUCCCGGCCCAAGCGAAACCUCUCCCGGGACUUCAGUGAUGGAGUCCUGGUUGCAGAGGUCAUCAAGUUUUACUUCCCCAAGAUGGUGGAGAUGCACAAUUAUGUCCCCGCCAACUCUCUCCAGCAGAAGCUCAACAACUGGGGUCAUCUGAACAGGAAGGUACUAAAGAGGCUGAACUUUUCAGUACCAGAUGACGUGAUGCGCAAGAUCGCGCAGUGUACCCCAGGCGUGGUGGAGCUGGUGCUCAUCCCGCUGAGGCAGCGCCUGGAGGAGAGGCAGAGGCGCAGGAAGCAGGGCGUGGGCUCCUUACAGGAGCUGGCUCCCCAGGAUGGCAGUGGCUACAUGGAUGUGGGUUUAUCCCAGAAGGCCCGAGGUGAAGAUGCCCCGGACCCCCAGCGAGGGGGUCAGCUCAGCUGGGACCGGCCGCCGGUGCCUCGGCCUCCAGUAUAUAACCAGGAGUUGCAGGGCGACCCAAGCUUCGUCCUCCAGAUCGCUGAAAAGGAGCAGGAGCUGUUGGCCUCUCAAGAGACCGUGCAGGUGAGGGGUCUAGGAAGGCUGCGGGUGGGGGCUCGUGGCCAGCAGAGGCCUGGCAGGAGAGAGCAGGCCGCCAGGCUUGACCCCUGCGCUGCGCGGCGCGGCUUAGGUCCUGCAGAUGAAGGUAAGGCGCCUAGAGCACCUGCUCCAGCUCAAGAAUGUGCGGAUCGAAGACCUCUCCCGGCGGCUCCAGCAGGCGGAGCGUAAGCAGCGGUGAGCGGCGGCCCGGGCCGCGCGGGGACGCCCCGGUACCCGCAAGAGCCCCGACGCCGCGCCCCACCCACCCACCGAUGGACAGACCAUUGGGAGGGCGGAGCCCGCUGCUCUCACGAGCCUCUUGGAGCCCGAGUGCCCUCCUUCCUUGGGAUGGGUGAACGUGGGAGGAGAUGGGACAGAAAUUCUAGGAGCGGAGGCCCGGGACUGAGCCGCCUCCUCCCACUCCAGAGAUCCUGGUCAGGAGAAUGGACCGUUUUCCAGAGCCCAGAAGCCACGUGCAGAGACCUAGCCUGCCCCCCAAAGCAGUGUCCAACACCUUGGUCCCGGCCUUGCAGCUCCCGGCGCUGGGCCUUGGGGGGCGGUCCCUUGGCUCUGUCAACACCCCCAGUAUCAGGUCCCCGCCCAGCUCUGAGGACGGCGGCGUCUCCAUCCAGGCUAGUUCCCCAUGCUCAGCCAUGGGGAAAUCUGCCCCGGGCCUCUGAGGGGCUCCCCUGCCCCUCCUGGGAGCUUACCCGGGACCCACCUCGGCGACGGAGACCGCAGCAGCUGGAGAGGAAGGGGUGAGGAGUGGGAUCGCCAGGAGUAGGGAGGACAUUGACAAUGUGCCUGUAGCAGUCGCUUCUCCCUCCUCGCGCACGGAGUACUGAGGGGGAAGGUUUGAAGGAUACGGCUCAGGGCUGCCCCAUUAAAGUUAGUGUUGUGUUCUA